UCUUCAGAUUCGUCGCCGAUCUUUUCUCUUCUUGUCCGUCCUUUCCCUAUAUUCGACCAAUCUGUGUAUUUAUACACUCACAUGGUUCUCUCUCUCUACAGUUGCUGCUUUUAUCGUCUUUGAGGAGCUUUUUCUUCCCAAAUUCCGCUCAUCUUCAAGUUUUUUUCCGCAUUUGAGGUCUGAUUCCUGCGAUUGGAUUUCCAAGAAUCGAAGAAUUCCCUGUUUCUGCCGCUCUCGAAGCUUUUGCUGCUUUGCUUUUGAGUGGAAGGAAUGGAAUUUAUUCUCCAUUGAUUUCCUCCUCUUUGUCGGAAAGAGAUACGCGAUUCAUGGCGUGUUGGAGAAAAAAGUGAAGAGAGGAAAGAAAAGCUGGUUGAGGGACAAAGGGGAAUUCUGAGGAUUUGGCGAGCUGUGGUGAGGCUGCUGAGGAACUGCUACUGUGCUGAUGAUGGAGCGAGGAUACGGCGGCGGAGGAGGAGGAGGAGGAAAUCAGUAUCCCUAUGAGAAUGGGGUUGUGAUGUCCAGAGAUCCGAAGCCGAGGCUGAGGUGGACGUCUGACCUUCACGACCGGUUUGUUGACGCAGUCACCAAACUAGGUGGCCCUGACAAAGCAACUCCAAAGUCGGUGUUGAGGGUAAUGGGCUUAAAGGGCUUGACAUUGUACCAUUUAAAGAGCCAUUUACAGAAGUAUAGACUUGGGCAGCAGGCCAAGAAACAGAACGGUCUAGAACAAAACAAAGAAAACAAUGGUACUUCCUACAGAGAUUACCAUGUGAGUUCCUCUGGUGCAACUAACAAUUCAUCGGGAGCGGACAGUGAACCAGGAGAAAUGCCAAUUGCAGAGGCAUUAAGGUGCCAGAUUGAAGUGCAGAAAAGAUUACAAGAGCACCUUGAGGUACAGAAGAAGUUGCAGAUGAGAAUUGAGGCUCAAGGAAAGUACUUGCAAGCAAUAUUAGAGAAAGCUCAAAAGAGCUUAACACUCGACAUGAACUGCCCUAGCAGCACUCUCGAAGCCACAAGAGCUCAAAUUACCAACGUCAAUAUGGCUCUCUCAAAUCUUAUGGAGAACAUGAAUGGAGGAUCCAUGAAUGGUAACAUCAUCGAGAAGAGCAUACUGACUGAUAUUCGUACGAAAGCAAAUGGGACUCUUUACUCAGGAGAAGAAAAGAAAGACAACAAAGUUAAGGUCGAAGGCAACUCCAUAAAUUUUGAUUUGAAUAGCAGAGGGAGCUAUGACUUCUUUGGUGCAAGCGGAUCUGAGUUUGAAGCCAAGACACUUGCAUAUAGAAGUUAAAACUACUGGAAAAUAAAGUAUGUCAUCUUUGCCUAUAUUGAUAGACAAGUCUUUCUCAGCACCUUGAUAUCGUUGUUGUCAAUACUAGUAUAGAUAUAGAACUUGGAUGCCGUUUCUGUUAGACUUGCCUGUUUCCUCAUCAGCUAAUGCCUAUUGGCAGUCUUGGUAAGCUUUGAAGGUGUUCUCUGUAAAUGAAAAGGGGCUAAAGUGGGGGAGAUCAUGAAAAUGGUUCGGUUUUCUGAGAAUGGCUUAGAAUGGAGUUCAUGUUUGCACA